CCAGAUCUCCAAAACACAGUGGCUUCCCGCCAAAAGCUGGAGGGCCAGCGACAGGAGAAUCUGGGAGUGCAAAAGGAAUUUGAAAACAUUGGCGAGGAUGAGACGAUCUACAAGCUGGUAGGACCUGUCCUGCUGAAGCAGGAAAAGUUUGAGGCGGAGAGCACCGUCAAGGGCCGACUGGACUUUAUUGGAAGCGAAAUCACACGACUGGAGGGACAGAUCAAGGAGACUCAGGCCAACAUUGAGAAGAAGAAGACGGAGAUU